AUGGUCUCGCAGCCCGAUUCCGCGUCCUCCCUCACCCUGCGAGGCCCCUCCUCGGUCGUUUCGCGUCCUUCACUAUCUCGCACGAAGCGAUACAAUAGGUCCCACGUCGGCGGUUCAUCCUAUAUCUCCCAGAAUGAGUUCCCAGUCUUCAACAAUUCGGGCGAUGUCGAGAUCAUAGUCAAGGCUGGUGGCCACCAAAACCGUUAUCUGCUGCAUCGUCACACCCUCACUCAGUGCUCCGGCUUCUUCGAGGCCAGCACGAGUCUCGAGUGGUCCAAAGCAGUUUCGGAUGGUGCUUCCAAUGACUUGCCUCGUAUUAGCGACGGCUCUUCAUUCGACUCGUACAACCAUUCCAGCCGGGCUUUGACGACUUCAUCUACACCACCAAGAAAACGUUGGCGCUACGAAUUGGAUCCAGGCACGGGGGAUGGCGAUAUACCAAUGCUGGUACAAAAGGACGAUGAUCGCUCAAAGGGUCUGAGCGCGGGCAACUCUGGGUCUCUGUUUGGUUCUGGCAGCGCGGUCAACGGCGAUCAGCCCUCGUCAUACUCGCGGAGCAAGACGUCGGGCCCUUCCCACUCCUCGUCGGCGCACUCGAACCACAACUUUUUCCGCUCCGUUGCCAAUUUGAGCCUCGUGCAGAGCUCGACGACGUCGGCGGCAAGUCAGCCGCUUUCGCAGGUCGACCAGGAUCUCCUCCGCGACUACGACAACCUUUUCCGCAUCUUCUACAACCACUCCCCGAUUCUCGACGGCGUCAACAUUGCGGAUGCCUACGUUCAGUGCAAAUCUCUCAUCACCUUGGCAGACCUAUAUGAUGCAUUGGCCGUGGUUGGCCCUAGGGUUGACCACCAUCUGCUUCAAUUUCAGUCGCGACUAUGGAAGCAGAUUGCCAAGUAUCCCAUCUCAUAUCUACGUCUUGGCUACCUUGCCCGCAGCAGGGUCAUUUUUCAGGAGGCCUUGAUUCAUGUGGUCGGGCAAUGGCCGGCAGGAGAACGCAGCCUCCGUGCUGCGCUUCCUGACAUUGUCCUGGACAUAAUCGAAGACAAAGUCGACGAGCUAGAAGAGGUGGUCAGCCGAGUCGAAGGCCGUCUCUUUCGACUGAGCUUGAUGACAGCGAGGGGCGAGCGUGUCACACCUCAAAAUAACUAUCUCGACUGGUUAGCCGUAAGCCUGUUCCGCCAGUGGCUGGCAGACAACACCAGUCCUCCGCCUCCAGACCGGCGAAUCCAGAGCUCCCGCGACGGUCGGAAUGGAAACUCACAGCAGCUGGCCCUCCCGACAGCUGUUCCGCCAUUGGCUACGGUUGGCCGUACAUAUCGCACCCUCGGCGACUCUUCGUCGGUUUAUCUCGGCCACGAUGAGUGCAAGCGGUUCUUGAAAUUGACACCUGAGAUGUACAGCCGGGACAAUCUCCGACGAUUUGAGAAGCGCAUCGACGAGCUCAAGCUGAUGGCUCGCAACAUUGUCCGGCCGCUCAUGGGUAGUGGCCUAGAGCUGGACAUUAAUAGUGGAAGGGCCGCCGAUGGAAUUGGCUACCUCACGUGCAUCACUGUCGGGGAUCGUGACCUUCCUUGGCAUGGUGAGCAUUGA